CCCGCGCGGCGUAAGGUCCUGAAAUAGACUCAAACCUUGUUCCCCCCUUGGCUGUGCGCAUGCGUGUGCGUGCCGGAGCACCACAAAAAAAGUGGCUGGCCAAGACGUGAGGACUCAGGACUCAGGAGAGAGCAGAACCCGACUCGACUUCGUCCGAAGAACAUCCAUCCCCAACCUUCAUUCCCACACCUACCACCAGUCAUCUCUUCUAUUUUCUUCAUCUUUCACUGCGCAGAAGAAUUAUCAUCUUUUACGAACACACCACACUGCGCCCAUUGUCGCAUCUGCAUCCCCAACCAGCUCCGGCGAUCAUCCGCAGCUAGGUGCUUACGCAACACGGUACUCGGUACCAAUUACGCUCGUUCAAGAAGCUUCCCUAUCUCCAUCCGCGCAUUCGACUCUUCAAUCACGAAUCUUCACCUCCUCUAGUCCGUACUCGAGCUAUUCCUGGAUCUGCGAUAGACUGGAACUACCACAUUUGGAUAUCUGGGUCGAGAAAGAACGAAACUGUUGCGCGCAGCAGAAGGGCCGAUGCCAGUUGCAUGAUUUGACGAAUUUCCCCUCACAAUGGCUGCAGAUUUCCGGUUACCGCUUGGGAGAUGCCUCCUUUUCUUCAUGACCUUUUCUUUCUCCCAAGCAUUCUACAUUCCAGGCUGGUCCAUCAAGAGUUACAAAGAUAAUGAAGCUAUCCCCCUAAUGGUCAAUAAAGUUUACUCGGACAAUACACAGCUACAAUAUGCAUACUACGAUCUCCCCUUCGUGUGCCCUCCCACUGGUGUUAACCAUGCCGGAUCCUCUCUUCUCAGCGGCCAGACCAUCUCCCUUAAUCUGGGCGAAGUUCUUCGAGGUGAUCGAAUUGCACAAUCCGAUAUCGAAUUGGUGAUGGGACAGGAUAAGGAAUGUAACUUCCUCUGCUCGAAAACAGUCACCCGAAAGGACCUGAAGCGUGCAAGAGAGAUGGUCAAGGAUGGGUACGUGGCGGAAUGGAUCGUGGAUAACCUCCCAGGUGCAACAAGCUUCGUCACAGUGGACAAAUCCAAGAAAUACUAUGCUGCAGGGUUCAAGAUGGGAUACAAGGACAUCUCGACUGUUGGAAAGUCCAGAUACUAUAUCAACAACCACCUCACAAUUGUCAUGCGAUACCGAAAGGCCCCUGGCAAGGACGGAGAAAGGGGUGGAAAGGUUGUGGUUGGAUUCGAGGUCUACACUAAGAGUAUUGGAGGACAGAGAAAUUCUUGCCCGGCAGAUAUAAACGAUGUCGAGGAACCAUUCGAGCUGUACCUCCGACCAAACAGCACAGACUUCUCCGUCCAAUAUCCCGAAUCCUCCUACCACCCUCCGGAGAGCGAGUCAGAUAUGGAAGAUGGGGCUACGCUUGACAUCCCAUACUCAUACUCGGUAUACUGGCGUGAGGAUGAUAAAAUUGAAUGGGCGCAUCGUUGGGACCUAUACUUUGUCAACCAGGAGGAGGGGUCCAGAAUCCAUUGGCUGGCAAUUGUCAACUCAUUGAUUAUCUCCGGAGCUCUGAGUGUUAUUGUGGCUAUGAUCCUAGCUCGAACCAUUAGGACAGAUAUCAAGUCGUACAAAGACGCAGCUGCAGAAGAUGGGAAGAUGAGGGCAAAGCGACGAUCAAGACCAGCAAGUGGUACUCGAACCCCAAAGUCAAGCGAAAAGACUGGAGGAUUACUCGAGCAAGUUGGAGACACCGAGAAUGAUGCAGAUGUGUCAUCUGAUGAGGAACCGCUCGAGGACGUUACUGGGUGGAAAUUGCUUCAUGGCGAUGUUUUCCGCGCACCAGCUUAUGGUUACCUCUUGGCCCCUCUCGUAGGAUCUGGGAUGCAACUGGUGUUCAUGGCUGUUGGUCUUCUCGUUCUGAGCAGUCUCGGUAUCUUGAACCCUAGUUUCCGUGGUGGUUUCGUUUCCGUUGGAGUUGGACUCUUCGUCUUCGCUGGAGUCUUUUCAGGCUACUUCUCAGGUCGCGUCUACAAGACAUUCGGCGGGCUCAAUUGGCGCAAAAACACCUUCAUCACCGCCACCCUCUUCCCAGGUCUUCUCUUCGCCCUGAUCUUCAUACUCAACCUCUUCGUCUGGGCACAAGCUUCAUCGACAGCCAUUCCUUUCGGCACCCUUGUCGGCAUCGUCAUGCUCUGGCUCUGUAUCCAACUCCCCCUCGUCUACGCCGGCUCAUGGUACGGCUACGUCCGGACAGGCGCCUGGGAACACCCCACCAAAACCACGACUCUCCCCCGUCAACUCCCAGCCCAAGCAUGGUACAUCCGGUCGCCACACUCGAUCCUCCUCGCCGGCCUGAUCCCCUUCGCCGUGAUCUUCAUCGAGCUCCUCUUCGUCUUCCAGUCUCUCUGGCAAGACAAGUCCGGCUACUACUACGUCUUCGGCUUCCUGUCCGUCGUGUCCAUCAUCCUGAUCCUUACUAUUGCCGAGGUCACCAUCGUGACGAUUUACAUCAAGCUGUGCAGCGAGGACUACAAUUGGUGGUGGCAUAGCUUUAUGGUUGGUGGUGGGAGCGCGGUCUGGGUGUUUGCGUAUUGUGUGUGGUAUUACUUUACGAAGUUGCAUAUCCAGGGGUUUGUGAGUGGGUUGUUGUUUUUUAGUUAUAGUUUUAUGGCGUGUGUGGUUUAUGGGUUGCUUUGUGGGACGGUGGGCUUCUUGACGGCGUAUGCGUUUGUGAGGAGGAUUUAUGGCGCUAUAAAAGCCGAUUGAUGUCGUCAAUCGAUCCAUCGAGUAAUAAUACACACGGGUGGUAUUUGGAUUUGGGUUCUUUGGAGCAGGCCAUGUCAUGAAAGAUCGUAUGAUACAUGUACACGUAGAGUCAAUCCGAUGGCAGUAAUAACAUAAUCAAUGAUCUACAAACAUGGGUAGGCUGGGGUACGAGACGAGAUGUGAAUGCCAUGCUACACUGCCUACAGACAACGAGGAAGAGGGGAGGGGAGGGGAGAUCAGGAGAGACAUGUGAUGGAUUAAUCAGAUUUAUAUGCGUGUUACAACCAACUCUCUGGUACGGAUUCUUUUGGUUUGUUGACUCAACGCUCCUGUUAAGCCACAGCCCAAAAAACACUCCAUUUUAAGCGAGGUGCCCCCUUACCACAACAACGCAACCCAAUUGGAACGCAUCCCUUGGAAGCACAUCAAUCAGUCGUUUGAUCUUCACCUACCUAUCUAUUCCUCACUCCCCCCACCCUUUCUGAUCCUCUUUUCUUAAUCUCCAAGUAAUCCACUAUCAUUCUAGCUAGGUAUCAUCCUACCUCAGAAAACGUCACAGGACCGACCACAAGCUCGGUUCGUUUCGUUCAUUAUUGGAGUGCGAGGAGUGUGAGGAGGGUGAAGAGGGAGGGAUAUGCGAUGCGAUGCGAUGGGACGCCAGGCUAGCUAGCUGAUCUACCUUGGUACCUAGUUGGAUUAAAUUAAGUUAAGCGAUGAUGGGGGGUAGGUACCUAGGCGAGCUAGGGUAGGGUAGGUUGUGGGAAAAAGUGAGUGGGAGAAAGUGAGUGGUUGAGGGGAUGAGGGGGUGAGAGGGAUGAGUGGGGAUGAGAGGGAUAUCCUGGGUUGAGGGAUAGUUGGGUAGCUAUUGUUUGCGAGGUGGUGGUGGUUGUACUUCAUAAUGGAUGAUGGAUGAUGGAUGAUCAAUGAUCGACUUUCGGAGUGAGAGAUAUGGCGAGAUCAUAAAUCGAGGUGUGCGAAGGAGGAGGUUUGGAGUAGUCGGGUGGAUGGACGGAGUGAUGUGUACUGUAUGAAAGCGGUUGUAUGGCGCGCGCUUUUACACACAGUAGUCUUUAGACUUAAAGUUUAGAUUGACUGCUUUCUCGGUCAAGUUAGUAAUCACUACUCCCCCCCCCUAAACAAACGUUAAGCGUGGACUUUUGUGGGCUGAAGUCCUAGUAGGCCUUUUCUGACUGGUUACCUCCCCUGGACAGGCUCAAAGCAUAAGCUACUUCGUAGAUUCUGGUCAACUGUAAAGGCGAGGGUAUCUUUAGAAGGUUCGAGAUACACUUAAAGCCCUGCUUAAGGCUAGGAAUCAGCAGAAUCAUUGGAUUAACACCCUAGCUGACUGCCCACACGAGGCCCAAUUUUCAUGAGGUUUAACGUUUGUUUAGGGUGGGGGGAGAGUAUUCUCCUCUCCUCUGCUCUGAUGUCUUGUGGAUCCGUUCAUACUCCCCCUCCCCCUAACAAACGUUAAAGGCGUACUUUUGUGAAUUAAGGGCCUGGCAAGACUAUUCUUACUACUGUAGUUCAAUGCCCUGGAGAUACUCAAAGCACGAGCCAGAUUCUGGUCAAUUGUAAAAACAAGGGUAGCUACAAAGGUUCGACAUACACUUGAAACCCUGCUUAAGGCUAAGAAUCAGCAAAAUCAUUGGAUGAACACCUUAGCUGACUACCCACAUGAGGUCCAGUUUUCAUGAUGUUUAACGAUUGUUUGGGGGGGGAGAGUAUGGCGCAAAGAUUGACAGUUGCAGUUACAUCUCGUUGUUACCUUUUGAUCAGAUCUGAUCUACAUGAUGGGGCUUUGGGAUCGGAUCAGCGGAUGAUCGUUGGGGAUGUGGGGUUAAGUACUACUGUAAGGAGGUAGGCGACAGAGAUAGGAGGGAGGUGUAUAUAUGGGGCUUGAGGAUUGGAAUUAGGAUUGGGAUUUGAAUAAGCAGUUGAGCACGAGAAGAUUGGGAGAUGUUGGGAGUGAAUCGCUUCCAUCGGUUCGGAUUCCGGAUGUUUUGAAGUGCGAUGGGAAAUCGCUACUGUAGGAUGGAAUUUGAGUUUGUGUUGGAGAGUUCGUGUUGUACCAGUCUUAAUAAUGUGGUGAAGAAUACGGUGUGUAAGACCUACCGGCGGCGCAAGUGGGAUAGAGUUAUGUCGGAGUUUAGGGAUGAAAAUCGGAGUGCUGUGAGGUUGAUAGACGUCACGAACCGGAACCGCGUACGUCACGUCGCAUUUGAACCGCUUAUCGGAUUCGAUCUCACCAUACGUUAAGAUGUCACUAUUUUCUUCUAGA